GACGACGGACGGGCGGUUCCAGAAAGCCAUGUUGCGGUGGGUUGGCAGGUGACGGCAGAUUUUGGUUGCCGUUGGAAGAUAUCGCAUUGGAAAUGCCGAUCCCACUGUUAUUAACUCUCAGCAGAGCCUGUAUCUUAGUCCAGUAGUCGAUUAGCAGGUGACAAUCAAGAAGACGAAGACGAUGAUGAAUCAGUCGAUGCGGCUGCUGUUUCUCUCUUGUGGUGCUUUACUUCUUAGUAGCACCCUUGCAGAGGAGAAGGAGAAUGUGUUGACGCCAACUCGCAUCUCUUUUCAAUCUCUGGAGAAUCUAUUGUCGUUGGAUCAUCCAGACCACCAAUCUCAUGUGGACCAUAUUUCGUCGGUGCUGGAAGGCGUGGGACUCUUUUCGAUUACCGACAUUCCCUUGUUUCGAAAGGAAAAACCAGAAACUCUGAGAGAACUACCGAAGUGUGUCGAUGCUCUCUUAUUGAAAGGACAGCGUGGCAUGGCAGCUCGUCACGUCUUGGCCGAUGGCACCAUUCGCAAGACCAUUGCUACUACAGGGGACGAUCCAAACUUAUUACUGUCAUCACCAUCAUCACUAGAUCAACGAAUUCCUGAGGCUUGUGAAACGUUACAGCAAGUCAGUGGGGCCUUUCGAUCCACCGUGGCUGAAGUGACCAGGACUGUAGGUCGAGUGCUCCUAAUGCUCCAGUCCAAAUCAUCUCAAAACAGCAACAACAACAACAACGACAAGCCACUGGUGCUGACUACCAAAGAGGGCGACAAAACGUACAAUCUGGCCGAAAUGGUCACUUAUGGAGAACACUUGGAGCAUUUCCAUGUCUACAACAAACCAAAUAGUACUAGUACUACUACUCAUCCAACAACUACCAUUGACUGGCACACUGAUCAAGGACUAAUGCUCGUUUUUAGUCCUGGAAUGAUGAUCAUGAACACCCACAACCAACAACAACAACAACAAGACAGAAAAACUACCUUUUACCAACAAGAACACGAUUUCAAAAUUCAAUUGCCCAAUGGAACAGCCAUGUCGGUACAAUUCGAUCCCAUCAAGGAUGACUUGGUUGUCAUGUUGGGACAAGGGGUCGAGCAAUACGUUUCUGGCGUCAACUUUCGUGCUGUGCCCCAUUCGCUUUCCCUACAACAACAACAACAACAGCAACAACAAUCUACUAAUAGUAAUCGAGUCUGGUAUGGACGAAUGGUAUUGCCUCCUGCAGAUGCCAUUCAUCCUCUCUUCCAUAAUAGUGGACAAACCUUUGGCAGUAUUCGACAAGAACUCAUUGCGGCACGCAAUAAUAAUAAUACCACUGAUACAUCCAUGUCAGUGUUGGGAUGCAGCAGUAGUAGCACCACCACUACUACUAUUGCCAAGCAACAACGCCAAUUGCAAGACCAAACAGAAGAAGACUGCAAUCUGGAAACGCAACACUUUUGCUGGCAUACAUGCAUCGACUACUCACAAGACAUUUCGCCUACGGCAUGUGCCGCGGCCACGGACGAUCACGUUGUGGCUUGUGUAAACACAAAAACUGAUGAAUUGUGGCCCGGAAAUCACAAUCCAGAUUUUAAUUUGGGAUGUGUCGCCGCAGAGCGAGUAGAGGCUUUCUACAACAACACCAGCACCAGCAGCACGGAACAGGAAACAAACAGUAGUAGUAAUGAGGGACAUCAAGACAGUCAUUCCGCAGCAGAGGGUGGUCUCGAAACAGACGAUGCCAAAGACGACCAACUGACAACAGCUCCAUCUAGUAGUGCCACCACGUUUACUGGAACUAUGGGAAAGACGACAUUUGCAAUGCUUCUGGCUGGACUUGUGUGCAUUUUCUAGCUGCUGCAGAGUAGCUAUAGCGGGCCAGCCCUUGUUGGCUGUGCCAUUUGUUGGUGGGCGAGCAACCAAUCUCCUUAUUGCCCAUCUUAAAAUUGUUUGAUCAAGUUGUAUUUGAAAAGAAUAGAUUUUUCUCAUUUCUGUGCAAUUUCUACCACAAAUGUUCAAGG